AUGGACUGGAAUUUGAAAGCACCUUCUUGGGAUUUAACUGCAGUGGAUCAGGCAACCUUGCCCAACAUAGAAACAAUGGAUGAGUCAAGCAGAUUUGGUGUUUAUAGAACGAAAGGAGAAUUUUCAUUUGAUUUGAAGCUUGGCCAGGUGGGAAAUUCUGGCACCGAAUCAGUGUUAACCAAGUCCAAAGAUGGUGCUGGAGUCUCCAAAAUAACAUCAUCAUCUUCAGGUUCAUCUAAGAGAGCUCGAGCCAUUAACAACGGGAACCAGACAGUGUCAUGCCUUGUGGAUGGAUGUCAUUCAGAUCUUAGUAAUUGUAGGGAUUAUCAUAGGCGCCAUAAGGUCUGUGAACUCCAUUCCAAGACUGCGCAGGUCACAAUUGGUGGCCACAACCAAAGGUUCUGCCAACAGUGUAGCAGGUUCCAUUCACUAGAGGAAUUUGAUGAAGGAAAAAGAAGCUGCAGGAAACGCUUAGAUGGGCACAACCGACGGAGAAGAAAGCCCCAGCCAGAACCUCUCACGCGAUCUGGUAGUUUUUUGUCCAAUUACCAAGGUAGCCAAUUGCUACCCUUUUCAAGUUCACAUGUGUACCCUUCCACUGCUGUGGUGAAUCCUGCAUGGGGUGGAGGAGUUGUCACUUCGUGUGCAGAUGUUAGGCUUCAAUGCCACAACCAACACCAACAAGUGCAUUUGGUUGAAAAACAAGACCUUUUUCUUGGAUCUUCUCAAACCAGCUAUAACGAAGGGAAGCAAGUGGCAUUCAUACAAGGUGACCAUAACCAAAAUACACAUGUUCCACCAGCUACUUCCUUGAGCCAAACUUUUUUCAGGACAAGCCCUUUUUCAGAAAGUGGAGGGCUGAGAUGCAAAAUGUUUUGUGAUAGCAUAACAAGUUCGGUCCAUGACUCCUCCUCUUGUGCUCUCUCUCUUCUGUCAUCACCACAGACGCACAAUCCUGGAAAUGGAUUAAACCAAAUGGUGAACACACACUCAUCCCUUAUGCAACCUUUAGGCCUGAGCCUGCAUGAUAACAACUUGGGGUCCGUGGACCCAGUUUUGGGUCCCAAUGGGAGUGACCACCAUUGUUCCUCAAUGUAUAAUAUUGGUUCUAAUGGAUCGCAGGGGAAUGAAGCCCCUCUACUCUUUCCCUUUCAAUGGGAAUAG